AUGCCGGGACCAGAUCAAAACAGCUUGGCCAAUAGAAUCAGAAACAUUCCUCCUGUGACCAGGUUUUUCACCAUUUCGACGGUGGUUAUCUGUAUAAUCACCUCUUUGAAUGUAAUUCAGCCAUCGGCAUUGGUAUGUGAUUUGAAGCUACUAUUGGAAAAAGUUGACUUUGUGAAUAAUACUUUCAAGCAGGGGUCUAUAAGUCAACGAGUUUAUGCCAUUGGGUAUCUUAUAUUUCAAUGCCACCGAUUUUUCAGUGCUUUCUUAUUGCCAUUGGGGAUUUUAAUGGCAAAACCUUUUGAAGCAAUAUUGGAUAUUUACUUUUUUUACACUUUUGCUAAUCAUUUGGAAAGUCGUGAAGGUAAAUUUCGUGGUAAUUUCCCAGAUUGUUUAUGGUUUACUUUAGUAACCGGAACAAUCAUAGUCCUUCUGACCUUGAGUUAUCAGUUUUUUUAUGAUUCUUCCCAUUUCUUUGUUCAUCAUCAGAUGAUGUUAUCUUGUGUUACUUAUCUUUGGUCGCGUUCGCUGAAGAAUUCAAUUAUUAACUUUUUAGGGUUGGUUCCAAUUAAAGCUUACUACUUACCUCUUUUCAAUCUUUUCUUUAAAUUGAUUGUAAAUGGCUAUCCUUCUUUUAUGGAUACCCUUGUGGGUAUUUGGGGUGGUUAUUUAUAUCAAUGUAUUCAAUCGGAUACUUUGCCAAUCUAUAACCUAUUUCCAGGUGCUUACGCAAGGUAUCUCAGUGGUGAAACAAACCCUGGAGGUAGAAGAGUUGGAACUUUAUUCCCAGGUGACCAUUCUCCUUCAUUCGAUGACUUUAUUGGUGAUUCCAUCUUCGAUAAAGGUCAUUUGAAAGCCCCAGUUUGGUUAUAUGGAGUACUCAGUUACCCAAUUAAUAGUUCAAUGAGAACAACGGCUUUCUACCCUCGCCCUCAAGCUGGAAGAGCCUCUACAAUCAAUAUUAGCUCAUCGACCCCCAUUAAUACCAAUGGACCAGCUGCUUCCAAUGAAUCUUCGGGCUCAUCCACCGGCUCGUCCUGGUUUAGUGGCGGAAACCCUGCUUUCAAAGGGAAAGGCCGUAGAUUGGGUGAUUGA